AUGUAUGGCCGAACAUCACAAAGAAUAUGUAAUAAUAAUUUAACGUAUCGGUUUUUUGAUAAAACAUGUGCAAAUAUUGAACAAUCAAAAUAUCAAACAAAACUUCGUUGUCACGAAAGAUCUUCAUGUCAAAUCUUAAUUGAUAAUAAUUUAUUUACUGAUCCAUGCGGAUUAAAUAUUCCAAAGCAUUUUGAAAUUCAUUACCGAUGUAUUGAUAAAAAACAAAUCUGUACAAAACUAUUUCUUAAUUGUUCGAAAUCCAGCGAUUUAAAAUGUAUUCAACAAGUUCAAGAUGAAUUCUCUUGUCAAUGUCCAACAACAAUUUGUCAAUAUAAUAAUAAUAAUCAAAUAAUCGGAUUCGCUAAAAAACAUUGUCCUGAAGAACAGCUUCAAGGUUUUCAUUGGCCUAAAACCGCUAUUAAUAAAAGUCAAUAUCUUCCGUGUCCUUCACUAUGCACUGGUCAAGUGUUUCGUUAUUGUAAUUUCAAUAGUCAAUGGUCGAAAGCGAAUUAUACUAAUUGCGAAUGUCUGAUAAACCAGUCUGACCAAUUAUCAACACUUCAUUCGGCCAAUAGCUAUAUUUUUCAAUGCAAUUUUUGGCUAAUCAAUAGAAUCUUGCCUAAGGAUAGUUCAUGUAUUCUUCCAUUUACAAACUGGGCCGAAACGACUGACGAUGGGUCAUUGAGUUGUCUGUUAAAUGCAUUCGAAAAAAUAAAAGCUAACUCGUGUUUCGUAUCGCAAUCGUUUGGAAUUGAUUUUCAAAAUGUAGCUUUUGAAAUUUAUGUACCAAUGAAAAACGAAAGUAAAUUUCAAUUGAAUCAAAUGAUUGUUGAUCGUACGAAUGUAAAUCAAGAAAGUUUUCUUGUCAAUUCACCGAUGAUGUUUAUCGACACGAAAAUUUCUAAUACAAAAAAUAAAUCAUUUAUUUUAAUUGAACAAGAAAAUUAUCUAAGUCCAAUACAAACAGCCAAUGUUACAGUGAUAUUUAAUCAUCAAUCAUUUGAUUUUCGCUAUCAAUGUCGCGCUUAUCGUUCAGCGAAUUUCUCAUUAUAUGUCGACAAAACAAAUAUGUUUUUUGCAUGUCAACUAUUAUGUUCGAAUGGUAGUCAUGUUAUAUGUCAAUGUCCAUUUUUCAAUCCAUUCAUGCAUUAUAUUUUGCAUAUUGACACAUCAAGAACUGAAAGUGAUUUUAUGAUUGAUAAUGAUUUAAAUGGAAAGUGUUUCGAAGAAAAGAACUCUUCAAUUUAUGAAAAUUUCAAUAAAAUAGAUCGAUACUUGACACAUAUUUCAUCGAUAGGUUUCGCUAAGAAACUUUUUGCGCUGAUUGAUAAAACAGUUGAAAAACAAAAGGUAUUUACAAAUGGAAAUAUUAUCGAUCGAUUUAUUAAACAAAUUGAAUAUCUUGGUUUUCAAUUAAUGCAUCUAUCAAAUUCGUUUAUUUCAAUUUCGAAUCAUAUUGAAUUUUUUAUUAAAUCUAAACAAUUACAAUUUGAAAAUCUUGAUCGAUCCGUAUCUGUGUCGAUUAUGAAUGAAAUAAAUCAAAUUAUGGAUUAUCAAAUUAUAUUUUUUACAAUUGCUAAUGUUAAAACAAAUCAAUCAUUAAACAGUCUAAUAGCCUCUGUAAAUUUAUUACCGAAAACGAUUUCAAUAGAUAAUAUUCAUAUUACAUUUCGUCAUUUAAAUCAAUCCAAUCAAAUACCCGUCUGUGUUCAUUUAAAAACUGUUCAAAAGAAUAAUCUACAAUGGAGUACAGACGGAUGUCAAUUGUUAUCAACAAAUUUAACACAUUCGAUAUGCUCGUGCCAUCAAUUGGGUACUUUUGCUUUACUUCUCAAUUAUCAAAAGAAAUCGGAUGAAAAUAAUUUACUAUUUUUUCCAAAAAUUGGUUGUAUUAUAUCGAUUGUUUGUCUUCUAUUGGCAAUUUUCAUAUUGAUCAUCAUACGAUUUCAUAUGGAUGUGGAAGAUGAUUUAACCAUUGUUCGUAAUGCUUUGCAUAUAAAUAUGUCGUUAUGCUUAAUUAUUGUCCAAACAUUAUUUCUAGUGGGCAUUGAUCAAACAAAACAUAAAUUCGGCUGUCAGCUGAUAUCUAUAUUACUUGAUUAUUUUCUAUUGGCAACAUUUUCAUGGAUGUUUGUUGAUGGCAUUGAAUUACUAAUUGCAUUAAAACACGUUUUUAAAAUUGACCGAAUACGUCUAAUAGCUUAUUCAAUAUAUUCCUAUGGAUUUCCAUUAUUAGUCGUUUUUCUGUCAACAAUUCUUUCAACAAAGACUAAACAUGGUUUAAGCGCCUAUUGUUGGUUAUCGCAUGACAAUGCGUUUAUCUGGGCAUUUGCUAUACCUUUUAUGUUGAUAAUUAUUGCCAAUUUUUGUUUUUUCAUCGUAUCGAUUUAUUACAUUUGUCGAAAAAUAAAUUCUACCGAUCAUCGAAGUACAAUAAGAUUUUCUAUACGUGAUGUAUCAGCCAUAUCGAUUCUAUUUGGUUUAACAUGGAUUAUAGCUCUAUUUUUUCUUUAUGAUCAAACCAUUCUGUUUGCAUUUAUAUUUACUAUACUUAAUUCUGUUCAUGGUUUAUUAAUUUUAAUAUUUUAUUGUUUAUUACAAAAAUAUGUUCAGAAUGCAUUUGAAAAGUUCCAGUUUCAUAAGAAACGCCGUAAAUUGUUAUUUUAUAAUUGUGUUAAAGGAAAUCAAAAUGGAAAUCCGACACAUGAAAAAUCGAUUGAACACUUUUCUUUACCUGACAAUACAAGUAGUAGUGAUUAUAGUUCAGGACCUUCGUUAGAUAUGAGUAGUAAACAAAUUAUAUGUAAUCCAAGAGAAGAUUCAAAAACGAACUAUACAACAUCAAUUCGUAACCAAUAUGAUCGACGAUCUGGUUUAAAUAAUGAAACGUCCUAUCUACCAAGUAUACCCAUUAGUUUAUUAACAAACCGUCUGAGUACUUUUCGAUAUCCAUUACCAUCAAAUGAAAUAAAUUUAUCCUAUGAACAAAAUCAACAGCUACUUCAAAAAGCUCUAACACAUGAAGACGAUCAUCAGUAUUAUGAAAUAGGUUGA